AUGCCUCACCUGCAACAAGGUGCUAAGGUGAUUGGAAGAAAAGCUUUACAAACGGGUGUCAAUGUCGCCCAAGAUGUUCUUGAUGGAGAUAACAUUAAAAAGGCAAUCAGCAAACAGGCUAAACAAGCCCUCGGUCUACCUGCCCAGAAUUCAUUGCAGAGACAAUCAGGAGCUGGCAAAAAAGCUAUAAAAAGGAAAGCGCAAGGCUCAAAAAUCAGUUCGCCUCCCGGCAAGAAAGCAAAGACAUCUCCGCAAGCGAAGAAACCUAAAAAAGGGAACUUGACUGAAUUUUUUGACAAAGAAUAGAAUGGCCUUCGUUCAUCACGAGUCACGCGAGUGUACUAAAUCAGAGCUCGAUCUUUUUACUAUUCCUGCUACACAAACCUCUAUUCACAAAGGGCAAUGGAUUGAAUAUCACCCUCUCAGCAACAUCACAGACACUGGUCCUAUUGAAUUUAACGUAUCUGGAACCGGAAAAGAAUAUUUAGAUUUAGCGCGAACACAACUUUAUGUGAAAGCUAAGAUCACGAAAGCAAACGGAACCGCGUUAGAUGCCGAUACACAAGUGGGUCCCGUAAACCUGUUUUUACAUUCUCUGUUUUCACAAGUAGACAUUUCCUUGAAUGAGCGACUCAUAUCUGCAUCCACUAAUACUUACCCUUAUCGUGCCAUGAUCGAGUCUUUGCUGAACUACGGGGAAGAAGCUAAAACAAGUCAACUUUCUAUGUCCAUGUUUUACAAAGAUACUGCUGGAAAGAUGAAUGUAGUGAACCCCUUGGCUGCAGACGAUGAAGCAAACCUUGGAUUAAAGGCUCGCUAUAAGUUUACCAAAGAGAGUCAUACGGUGGAUAUGAUGGGACCCAUUCACAGUAAUAUAUUCUUUCAAGACCGGUUGAUGCUCAAUGGAGUUAAUUUAAGAAUCAAACUAAACCGAGCCAAGAACGUGUUUUGUCUUGUGUCCUCAGCAGCCGGAGCUAAUUUCAAAGUGGUUAUCACAGAAGCCAUCUUGUUUGUACGCAGAGUCAAGGUUGCCUCUUCUAUUAUUCUAGGCCAUGCAGCUGGGCUAAAACACUCCAGCGCCAAGUAUACCCCAUUCGCAGAAUCGACUGUAAAGUACUCUCUAUUCCAAGAAGAUUUAGCAGUUUUAACUCUGAUAACAUCUUUUUGGGUCAAAUUCCCAAGCGCAUAG